GCAACAGGUCUAAACCCUAAACUGUGCACCGUUGUACAAAGCUUGUGGUUGUUGAUAACAAGGGCCUGACACAUUCACUCAUUUUAUUUCAUGCAUUUUACUUAAUUUUUUUAUAAACUGGAGCAAUGAUAUUUCGGACAGCAGUAGAGCAUGCUAAGAGGCACCCUAGCCUCAUCCCCCAGUUCUUCUUCAUCUGUUUGGGAAUGGGUGGGGCAUCUUUGUAUCUGAUCCGACUGGCCAAAGGACCCCAUGUCAUCUGGAACAAGACCAAAAACCCAGAGCCAUGGAAUCAACUUGAUCCUACAUACCAGUACAAGUUUGUGGCCAUCACCACAGACUAUAAAAACCUGAAGAAGGAGGGACCCGAGUUCUGAAUCUCUCAUCAGCCUCCUCUUACAAACCAGUGGAAAAUAACAGAAAAUCCUGAUCUAGGGUUAGAUUUACUCCCCCCCUCCCAACUUAUGAUAUCCUCACUGCAGGUGGAAGGCGAAAUGGAUCCUAGAUCAUGAUCUGUAACUCUUUAGUGUCUCUGUGCCUGUGUGAUGUUUCCAAAACAGCUGGUGAUAAAUGUGACCAGGAUAAAUGGAUUCUGACCACACAUCUAAAUAUUAAAAGAAUAUAAUAUGUUGCUACAUGUAAUGUAAUAUAAGUGUUGCUACAUACUCACAUAAAAUAUAACACACAUAUGCACAGAAUCCCCUUAUGUUGAAACCUUUCUGGUCUGUUUAACUCAUAUAUUCAUGAAGUGACUGGGUUACUUACUGUUUGUUAAAGCACCAGACCAGUGGUAUUAUAUAUUUUAUAGCCAGUUUAAUGCAAAUAAGGGACACUAUACAUUACAUGUAAUUGUUGUAUUAGCCAAGCUGCCAUGUUUUAGAAACUUCAGUGUAUGUUUUUAAAUGUUUCAGGCAUGCAUUGGUUUCUAUUCACUUCCGUAAGUUAUAUAAGUAAAUGAUCACAGAACCUGCAGUGGAUUAUAAAAAUUAAUUCAGGAGUCUGAUGAUUGAUUUGUACACUGUGCAGAAAUGAAUAGAGGAACAGAAAAAAUGCAUCCGAAAAUCUAAAACUGUAUGCAUGCAUCCAAAAAUGAUCAGCAUAAUACACAUAUAUACAUGAUUUGUAAUGUAGUGUGAUUCUUUAAGGUUUCUUUUCAGUGUCUGAAUCAACAUUAUGUGUUCUUCUGUGUGAAACUUUAAUCACUCUGACUUUUAUUCAAAUCUAAUUGAACUGUUGUAGCACAUUGAUGGUUGUAUGAAUGUGUUUCUUCAUCACUGGUGCAUGAUCUACCUUCAUCAAUCAUUGUGUAAGUUGUGGGAAAAGGCAGAGAUGCAUAAACUGGGCUGUAUUCUUUCAAUAAAUAAAUAUCUGAUUCAA